AUGCAUACGCAGACAGUAUGCGAUGAUCCAGCGGCAUUGGGAUCGAUUAUUUCGAAACCACCAUUAUUGAUGUUUGCUGGUGCGGCGAAAUUGUUCACUCUAGAUGGUCCCGCCAAGGCGAAAUUAUUGGUGCCUGAUGGUCCGGCAACGGCGAGAUCAUCAAGUUUCGAUGGUUCAGAAACGCCCCUGUUCCACCCCAGCCCUGUUCCCAGCCCCACCCCACCUGUUCCACCCCUGCUCCUGUUCCACCCAGCCCACCCCAGCCCCCAGCUCCACCUGUUCCACCUGUUCCCACCACCUGUUCCCUGUUCCCAGCCCCCAGUUCCUGUCCCAGCCCACCUGUUCCCACCCACCUCACCCCUGUUCUGUUCCUGUUCCACCCCACCACCUGUUCCCAGCCCUGUUCCCACCCCACCCCUGUUCCCACCUGUUCCCUGUCCCAGCCCCACCCCACCCCAGUUCCUGUUCCCACCAGCCCUGUUCCCACCAGUUCACCUGUUCCCACCUGUUCCCACCCUGUUCCUGUUCCUGUCUGUUCCCAGCCCCCCACCCCACCCCAGUUCACCCCACCCAGCCUCCACCCCCACCUCAGCCCCAGCCCUGUUCCCAGCCCUGUUCCCACCUGUUCCAGCUCCCUGUUCAGCCUCACUCCAGCCUGUUCCAGCCCCACCAGCCCCCACCUCACUCCCACUCCAGCCCCAGCCUGUUAGCAGCCCCACUAGCUCACCUGUUUAG